GAGUUUCAUCUCCGAUGAUCAAAUUAUUGACAUGUGAAUUCCCAUGAUAGUGGCAUGCUGAAGAGCCGCGCAAGAAGGACCGAAUGCUUGGUGCUGGUAUUGACGGUCCCUUGUAACUUUAUCUUAUGGAAUUUGGAUUGAAGCAAAUGAGCGAGUGUAUCAUAGCUAUCAUUUGAUCUUUUCGCGUUAUGGAUUAAAGCAUGGAGAGGGUGAAAGGAGGCAAAGAAAAUGUAUAUAAACCAUAGAUAUGGAACUUGAGAGGAUACGACUGAUCACCAUUCUUCUUACUUCUUGUAUAUAGCCCUCUUCUGUAUCCGGGUCAUCAUGAUGAACUCAAAAUCUUUCUUGUCGCUUGGAAUCUAUCUCCUUUCAAUCCUGACUACUAUAAAUGCUCAAUACUCCCUCGCGGCUACAUAUAACGCAGCCAACUUCUUCGAUGACUUCACAUUCUUUACUGCAGCUGAUCCAACAGAAGGCUAUGUGGUUUAUGAGCCACUCGUCGCUGCUGAAGAAGCCGGUCUAGUAUCGACAGAAAAUAAUCAGGUAUACUUAGGAGUGGAUCAUACGACACUUAAUCCGAGCGGAGGACGAGAAAGUGUGCGAUUAACCAGCAACCAAGCAUGGGGUGAAGGUAUGAAGACCAUCCACAUAGAUGGAAAGGAAGCUGACCAGAAAAGGCGUCUUCAUUGCAGAUAUUGAGCAUAUGCCCGGUGGCGUUUGUGGUAUAUGGCCUGCAUUUUGGAUGUUUGGUCCAAAUUGGCCAAAUAGUGGGUUAGUCUUCAUUGUCUGCAAGUUGGCAAUAAGAUUACUUAAAAAUAAAGCAGAGAAAUCGAUAUUAUCGAGGGAGUCAACCUUGGAACAACUAAUACGAUAACACUUCACACCGCCGCUGGCUGUACGGUGAGCAACGCCAAUUCACAAAGUGGAACGACCGCCUUAACGACAAACUGUAAUCAAGACAAUGCAGGCACUGGAUGCGGUGUUGCUACAUCGAACACCAAUAAUUACGGCACCGGCUUCAAUGCAAUUGGUGGUGGCGUUUAUGCAAUGCAAUGGGCUACCACUGGCAUUUAUGUCUGGUUUUGGCCUCGAGGUUCUAUUCCAGCUGAUAUUACUGCUAACGAUAUUGAUGUCAGCUCUUGGGGAACCCCCUUGGCAACCUUCAGUGGUAGUGGAUGCAAUUUUGACAAGUCUUUUGCAAGUCAAAAUAUCGUCUUUGACACCACGUUCUGCGGGGUGUGGGCAGGAGCUGUUUGGUCUUCAGGAUCUUGUGCUAGUGCAGCUUCGACUUGUCAAGCUUAUGUUGCGCAGAACCCCAGUGCAUUCACUAAUGCAUAUUGGUUGAUAAAUUAUGUUCAGGUUUGGCAGUAGAAGACGAUGGGAAUCGGCGGUUUUUAUUUGGAUGUGGAAGAUUUGAACGACUCUGCACAAAGUUUCCUGUAAAUACUAUUGUAAACAAUUUCAAUAUUUUCUUGGGCA